ACUCAAGCAGACCUACUGUCCCGAAUCCCUCUACGUCAGGCCUCAUACAUCGCGGUCCUUGUUAUUCUGGUCUCCUUCCUUCACGACGGACACAGGCAAGAUGACAGAUGCGCUCACGACGACCGCAAAACCGCUGUUGCAACCACUUGCCGCGAAAUCGCUCACUGUACACGGCCUCGUGAAGGAUUACAGCGGCAAAGAUGCGACACUCAGUGUACCAAGGGAGAUCUCGCGUCUUCUGAGGUGGUACACAGCCACUGAGUCCCAUGAUUCCGAGCCCAUGGAUCUUAGUCCGCCGGAUUCCCUGUCCGUACUACCUCCCGACAGCCAUCUCGACAUCCAUGUGCAUGUCGAUGAGCUCUUGAGCGCCGGGGAAACCCACACUGUUUAUAGAGUCUCGCAUCAUGAUCCCUCUGUGGCAGCGUACAGUAUCCCGCCCAUGGUUAUCAAGGUCUCCGCAGAAACUGAGGGUCAAAUUCUCGCAGAAGAGGCAGCCAUGUACGACUAUCUACAGCCUUUGCAAGGAGUCGUAAUCCCGCGCUGUUAUGGCUACUUCCGGUGCUUCGUCAACCUGGUCGAGCACGUCGUCAUCCCGUGGGUUCCGGAGCCUUGCACGUUCCCGCGGGACAAGCUCAACAUGUUCAGAAUGCCUAAUCAAAUGGCGAGUUUGAACAUCCUACUGUUGGAAGAUGUAGGCGAACCUCUCUCAUCGGAUUUGGGCGCACAACAACUCGAAGAGCUUCAGCAGGACUUGUUCGACAUGUCCGAGGAGCUAUGCUACUCGCGUAUUGACUACAUCGAUUGGCGGCGCUCCAACAUUCUUCGUCCGUACGAACAGCCUCAAGGCAUCGCCGGCCUUCCGUCCCCCAGAAACAACCGCACCUACAAAUACCGCAUCAUUGACCUCGAGUUGGCUAGUAUAUCUAAGGCAAACGGACCGAAGGCACUCUUUCAGAGAGCUAGGCCCUUCCUCGAUGACAUCGUCGCCGAGGUUCGGAGGGGCAGUUCGGAGUUUUCAGACUAAAGACAUCGGUGGUGCAGGGAUAGAGUCAGCUUCGUUGUCUUCACUAGUCACAUGCAAACACAGUCGGGUUCUAGAACCUUUUGCCAUAUAAUCAAUUGUUCCAAUUUG